UGCACAUGUAUAACGCUUCAGUGUGCUUGGCGUCGUUGUUUGACACGAUUUACCAUUUCCCUUGUAAAUGUUCUUCUGUUGUUGCUUCUGCUACUAUUGUUUGACUUGUUUGCUCAUAGAGCACCGCGCUCGCUAAUAAGUUGUUUUUUGUAACGUUGCGUCACAGUCCUGUUGCAUAGCAAUUUUAUGAUCACGUUUCAGUGAUAUCAAACAUGGCGUCGUUGUUUGCCACGGUUUAUGAUUCUCUAAGUUUUCCAAACGUUCUUCUGGUGUUGCUUUUGCUUGUACUGUUACAUUACCUGAUGGUGCUCUACGAGUUCAGGAACAUGCCACCGGGUCCGCGUUUGACGGCUAUCCCUGUCUUAGGGAACGUAUUUUCUCUCGACUUCAAGGCCGAGAAACUUACCGACGCUUUCAAAAGCCUCAAAGAAAACUACGGUCGAGUCUUCUCCUUGAAAAUGGGAAGUUACAAGUUCGUGAUGGCUUCAACUCCUGAGGCCGUUAAGGAAAUGCUCGUACAGAGAUCUGCUGAUUAUGCUGGAAGACCGCAAACACACUUUUUCCUAGAAUUUACACUAGGAGGUAAGGAUAUUGUGUUUGGUAACUAUGGGCCCGCCUGGAAGUUUCAUCGCAAGCUCUUUACAACAGCGUUGCGCCAAUAUCUUUCUGAUAUUCCCCUGAUCGAAAGACGAGUUUCGACACAGGCCGAAAAACUGGUGCAUUUCAUGGAAGAACAAAAUGGAAAGCCUUUUGAUCCCGCAGAUUGCUUGCAGCGUGCGGUUGCUGAUGUCAUUUGUGGAAUCACGUUUGGAGAAGGCUACGACACAACGAAUCCAGAUUUGAACGAGCUUUUGAAACUAAACGUAGACCUUGUUGCAAAUACCGAUGAUGCUCAGCUGGUAACCGUUUUAGAUAACUUUGCUUUCGCAAAGUACCUUCCUCUUAAGGCUUAUGAUCGUCUUCUCAAGCCUGCGUUAGAGAUGUAUGAUAUUAUUCGCAAAUUCUUAAAAGAGCGAAAAGAAACUUUCGACCCGGAAGACCCUGUACAUGAUCUGAUCUCUGGUCUCUUGCACGCUAAACAUAAAGCUGAACGCGAGAGUAAUGAGAUGCAAGCAGCUUUUCUUUCCGAUGACUACUUCGUCAAUACCAUCGAAGACAUGUUUGCUGCCGGCUACGAAACCACAAGCACAACAAUGAAAUGGGCGAUAGCCUUCUUGGUCAACAGUCCAAAGUACCAAGAAGAUAUUCAGCUCGAGUUAGAUGAAGUACUUGGUGGAAGGAAUCCCGGUUUGGAAGACCGAACCAAUCUGCCUCUCAUUCAUGCGACCAUCAUGGAAACGCUACGAGUUGGAAACGUGGCGCCUCUUGCAGUACCUCACUUCACUCUUACAGAUACUACACUCUGUGGCUACCGCGUUCCCAAAGAUACCAUCGUGUUUGCUGACACGGAAUCUGUUCAUCUAGAUCCCAAAUGCUGGGAAAACCCAACCAAGUUUAACCCUUACCAUCAUAUCGACGAGAAUGGUAAGUUAAUCACCAACCAAGGCAAUUUCUACCCUUUUGGAGCGGGACGCCGUGUCUGUGCUGGUGAGCCCUUGGCCAAAGUUGAGUUGUUUUUGUUUCUUUCGUGGAUGCUUCAGAAGUUCACUUUCAUCGCUGAAGAAGAUGGUCGUCCACCCAGCUUGAAGGGAAUGUAUAGUGGCACACAGUUUCCUGUUCCUUACAAGAUACGCGCAAUCAAACGGAAGUGACCUGAGAUUAUCACUCGGACGGUAGUUUUAGGAAACACGUAAAUGUUCAAGUAGAAACGUUUACAGUACCUGUAGAAGAGCUAUUUUAUUUAAUUUAAAUAGGUACUUUGACGGACAAUGGGUUUAGUGUUAGGAGAGGACUGAUGGUUUCUUAGUCAUUUUUUGUUUAGCCUUAUCAUGAUUUUAAGAUUUUGAAACCUUUUCUUAAGCCAACAGUAGUAGUUUACCUUAGUAGUUCCUAACUCACUCAGAUUUUAUUCAAAUCGGACUUUGCCCUUUUCGAAUUUGUGCUUGAACUGUCCUAUAAUUUCCUUUGUUGGAUAUUUAUUUUAACCUGGAUACCUGUGUACAAGCUGCUCUUCAUAAUUCCUUUGAUAUUAGAACUAAAGUAGUAUAGGCACUGAUGAAGUGAACAGCAAAAUUCGAUCGCUUAAGUUUGACUGAUAUCGGAAUUUACUGUGAUUUGAUUCUCCAGAUUUUUAGUUCUCUGCGUUUAUAGUUUCAUACGAUCAAUGACUACACAUUUUUACUUUUAAUUUUUAGAAUAUACUAGGGCCGUGGACUACCUGUAAACUAGCUGAUUAGCUAAGCGUAACUCCAUGUUAAAGAAAGUAUCGUAUCGUAUCGUGUCGUGCCACGUAAGCUCCUUUCAAGGGUAGGUUCUCCCAGUUUGUUGUCAUGCACUUAGUGUAACAAAGAAAUCAAGGUACUAGGCGGAAUUUUAAGUAAGAAUCACGAAUUUUGAAGAGGAUAAUUUAGGCUUCUUUUGUUUCCAAUCGUGUGUGUAUUUAGUUAGCUAGCAACAUAACUUGUACUUUGUACCUGAGUGCUUCGUAUAAACAAGCUACAUUGUAGACGUUUUUUGAUUACACCGACUUUUACAUCGAGUGUAGAGCAAACUACUGCUGGACCAA